AUGGCAGUCGACGUUCUGGAUGCCGAUCACUUUGCGAUUAGCGCAAUUACCGUGGUCUCCCUGCAAAUUAUCUUCUUUCUGAUAGCGGCUGUGUUUCAACUUGACAAAAUUGCGGAUUUUGCCAGCGGAUUCAAUUUUAUGGUUGUCGCGAUUUUGACUUUUACCUUAAGUCAGGUUGAUCGAAGUACGAAGGCGUUUGAUUCGCGCCAACUAAUGGUCACUGCCUUUGUGUGUCUAUGGGGCUUUCGGCUCUCGACGUAUUUAUUAUAUCGGGUCUUCAAAUGUGGUAGAGACAAGAAAUUUGAGGAUAAUCGGAAGAAUGUUCUUCGUUACGCCAUAUUUUGGACCUUUCAAGCUGUUUGGGUGUUAAUUGUCUCCCUGCCCGUAAUAAUCAUCAAUUCUCCGCGUCACAUGAUCCCAUUAGCGCCAAAAACAAUGACGCCCUUCGAUUCUACCGGCACAGGAAUGUUCUUUUGUGGCUUGCUUAUCGAAACAUAUGCCGACCUACAAAAGUUUUCGUUUCGCUCAGAUCCCAAAAAUGCCGGAAAGUUCUGCAACGACGGUUUAUGGGGAAUGUCAAGGCAUCCAAACUACUUUGGCGAAAUCAUAUUAUGGUGGGGUAUUUUUGUCAUUUCCAUCAACGUGAUCAAAGGAUAUGAAUGGAUUGCAAUUUUAUCGCCGCUGUUCACGACUUUUAUUAUUCUUUUCUUGUCUGGAAUUCCCGUUCAAGAAAAAUCGUCUGAUGAGAGAUAUCGAGAUCACUCUGAUUAUCGAAAAUACAAGCAAUCUGUAUCGCCCUUGAUUCCCAUUCCUCCCGCCAUUUACGAAGAAGUGCCGCGCGGCAUGAAAUUCAUCAUUUGCUGCGAAUUCCCGUUCUACAAUUCGCUCGGAAAGUCCCGUCAUGAAACGCAAAAAGUGACUGGUACCUCGAAUACCAGUCACAAAUCACGUCGCACGGGAAGUCAUUAUAGCCAUCAUGGCGCUGGAGGAUCGGGCUACGAUAAACGCAGUCGACACAGCGUCGAGGAAAUUCUCGCUGACGAAAGGUGUCUCGAUACGCGUUACGGUGCAAGCGCAUCCAGUCAAGUAACUAUUUUGUGA